AUGGCAGGUGUUCGAUCAUCGACUGCAAUGGCUGAGAAGGUGUCCUGGUACUGUGCUUUGCUUUUGGCACUAAUGCUGGCCCUGAGCUGCUGUGACUCAACUGAAAGCGAAUACAUGGUGCCGGUGAACUGGAAUGACCUGAAUAGGCCAUGUGAUGAGAUUUAUGUGGUUCGAGAGGGAGAGACUCUGCAUACUAUCAGUGAAAAGUGUGGGGAUCAAUAUAUUGUUGAAGAGAAUCCACAUAUCCAUGAGCCGGAUGACGUUUUUCCUGGGUCUAAAGGUUCAACUGUUGAACUUAUGUCUUUGGACAGGUUUCUAUUUUAUGUCACUUGCUAUUCAUUCUCUCUAAGGAGAGAAAAUGUUUCAAGUACAGGGAUUUCUCUGCCUUGA